AUGUCGGCGGAAGAGCCCCAGUUGCGGCAGCGCAAGCAUUCGGACCGCAAGGAGGUGAUCGGUGAUCUGCGGGCGGAUGCGGAGGUGCAGCUGAAGCGCUUCAUCGAGACGAAUGGGCAUUUCAGUCUCGUGCGCAAUUUCCACCUCGCCGAUGCGUUCACGGUCAUGAACGGGUUCUGUGGCGCCCAGUCGUUGUAUAUGUCGGCGCGCUUCCUGGUCACGUCACAUCCGCGCUACAUGUGGUAUGCGCUGUGGCUUCCUGUGGCCGGUGCGCUCUUUGAUUAUCUCGAUGGCAAGAUUGCGCGGUGGCGGCGAUCGAGCAGCAUGCUGGGCCAGGAGCUCGACUCGCUGGCCGAUCUCGUGUCGUUCGGCGUGGCGCCUACGGUCGCGGCGUUCGCGCUUGGCAUGCGCGAGCCGCUCGAUACACUCGUCAUGACCGUGUUUGUGUGUGCGGGCAUCGCGCGCCUCGCGCGCUAUAAUAUCACUGCAGCCAACAUCCCCAAGGACGUGCACGGCAAGCAGCGGUACUUUGAGGGCAUGCCGAUUCCUUCGAGUCUGCUGCUGCUGGUCUUGCUGGGUGUGUGCCUGCUGACGGGUCGCUUUGACGCGCCGCAAGGCGGUGCGUGGACGCCACCGACCGAUGGCACAGCCUACGCCUACACGGGGCGCUGGUACAGCUCCCUGGCUGAGCACCAGGGCUUCUUAUUUGGAUCGGCGACGCUGGACGUGUCGAGCGCGCUCUAUGCCCUGUUUCAGCUGGGUGGCGGCGUGCUUCCCCGUCUCGUGCAGCCCAGCCUACUCGCAAGUAUCGCGAACGGCGUCGGUCGCAUCACUAUACAUAAGAUGUCGUUCAUCUGGCUCCUGUGGUCGAUGGCCAUGCUGAGCAAAACGCUGCGGAUACCGAAGCCCUGA